CAAGCAGAUGAAAAAGGAGUUUGAAAGUUUCAGUUGAGAAAAAGAAGAGGUUUAUAGAUGAUGAAAACAGGCAGCUUAACUUGGCUUUGCUGCUUCUCUCCUUUUCAUUUGCAUAGGAAAACAAUAUGACCUUUCUAUAUAUUUUUUUUUUAUUUGUCUUAAUAGUGAUGUUUAUUUUAGCCUUUAGGUGGAACCCAUAUUAAUACCUUUGCUUCAAUUAGCAAUCCUUGUGUAAUAUUUGACUACUUUGUUAGCCAACAUCAAAUCAGGUCUCCAAAAAGAGAGCAAAAAAGACACAGAGUAUUCAGAAUUAGACCCCCUUGGGCCAAGUUUCUUUCUAUCAAGUUCCUCUUGCUCCCUUUUUCUUGAGCAUUAGAUAGCUUCAACUUCUUCCUUCCCUUGUCAUUCUCCUCCUGAUCUUUCCCUAUGUUUUAGCUAGGGUGUUGCAUGCACUUGGUGAUGGCUGAUCAGGGUGGUAGCAAUAUUGUAAUGAGGGAAUACAGGAAAGGAAACUGGACUGUCAAUGAAACAAUGGUGUUGAUUGAGGCAAAGAAGUUGGAUGAUGAGCGGAGAAUGAAGAAAAAUGGGGACAGUGAAGGGAGAGGCAAACCAACAGAGCUGAGAUGGAAAUGGGUGGAAGAUUAUUGUUGGGAAAAAGAGUGUUUGAGGAGCCAAAACCAGUGCAAUGACAAGUGGGAUAAUCUCAUGAGGGACUACAAGAAAGUGAGAGAGUACCAAAGGAGAAUAGCUGAUCAGAGAGGAGAAGGGAGUGAUAGUAAUGAAGGAUCUUAUUGGGAGAUGGAGAAGAAUGAAAGAAAAGAAAAGAACUUGCCUAGUAAUAUGUUGCGCCAGAUAUAUGAGCGUUUGGAGGAGGUGGUGGAGAAGAAAGGAGGUCGAAAGAUGGUGGCUUCUGGUGGGUCAGGUCCCAUUCCCAACAUACCUUAUGUUAUGGAUAGACCAAUGACUAGCGUGCAAUCUUCAUUGCCUCCUCUAUUGCAACAUCAACUUCCAGCUGCAAUUCCAUUACCAGCUCUACCGGCACAGCCACAGCUACCACCGCCAACAGCUGCUACUGUACCACUGGUACAACCACCUCUCCUUUCAUAUGCUCAGCCAUUGCACACAAUGUGUGAUAGCUCAGAUUCUGAUAUAAGUGAGCAUUCAGACUCACCAGCAAAGAGAAGGAGAAGAGGAGGUAAUGGGGAAGGCACCAGUGGCACUGCAAGUGCAAACAAGUCAAAUGAAGUGGGCACUGCAAUCUCUAAAAGUGCUUCAAUUAUAGCAAAUGCCAUCCAGGCCAGUGAGGAAAGAGAGGAGAGGAGACAUAGAGAUCUUGUUAGUUUGCAUGAGAGAAGACUAAAGAUUGAGGAAUCUAAGACAGAGAUCAACCAAAGAGGCACUGAUGGCCUGGUUGAUGCCAUUAACAAGCUUGCUAACUCUAUCCUUGCUUUAGCUUCCCACAAGAAACAGUCAGCUCCAAAGUGAUUGAUCUCUUUAUUGAUGAAAAGGGAAAACUAUCCAUUAAUAUCUAAGACAGGGAGAGAUUAAUUGAUCACAUUGGCAGUUGUUAUAGUAAUUGGAAAUACCAUUUGUAACCUAUAUUAGUUUAUGUUGUACUCACCUUCAUUAAUCAUUCUAAUUAUGUUUUAAAACUCUGUAUCUCUUUCCUGUCAAGUGUUUAAACACAAACUAGGGUUGGAUGUAAUCCUACCAAAAGUGAAAUA